AUGGAGGUAGUGGCAAAAAGGCGCCAGGAGGGGUAUGCAGAUGAAGGGGAGCGACGGGUUGACAAUACGGGAUUGAGUGAAGGAUUGGCUUUGCUAUGGCGCAAGAAUAACACGGCAAGAUUACUAAGUUACUCAAAGAAUUAUGUCGAUGUUGAAGUUAUUAUGCCUGGGGUCGCUCCGUGGCGAACGGCAGGAUAUUAUGGCUUUCCGGAGCGUAAUAGACGGUUUGAUGAGGGGACAGCAGACUGGUUGGAGGAGAGGCUGGAUAAGGUGCUUGUUAAUGAAGCCUGGCGAAGUUUGAAUGCACAGGCUAGUGUGUUAAACUUGUUGACAUGCAGGUCUGAUCACUCAGCAUUGUUCCUGGGGAUUCGGGAUUGUAUAAGGGGUGGCAGACGGAGAACGAAGACUUUCAGGUUUGAAAUAUCUUGGCUACAUGAUGAGGGGUGUAGGGGAGUGGUGGAGGGAGCAUGGGAGGAGGGGAGAAAUAUAGGAAUGCAGGACUGCCUACCGUUAUGUGGGAAACGACUCACUAGCUGGGGAGGGGACCGGUUCCAUAAGUUUGGGGAGCGGAUUAAGCAGCUGCGGAAAGAACAGGAUCAGUUGAGAGGAAGGCGGGAUUCGGCUUCUUUGGCCGAGUUUCGUCGUUUGGAGGCCGAAUUAUGUAAGUUGGAGGCAAUUGAUGACUCUUUCUGGAGGCAAAAGGCGAAGCAGCACUGGCUGCAAGGUGCGGAUGCCAACACCAGUUUCUUUCACAGGUAUGCUUCUGACCGUAGAAAGAAAAAUACUUUGAAUAGAAUAAAAACUGCUGAUGGGGUGUGGGUUGAGGGGAAUGCAAUGAAUCAAACUAUUAUGGAUUAUUUUAAUGGGGUUUUCAGUUCGGGCAGCUCCCCGGAUGAGGACCAUACGUUAUUUGCCACGAUACAGUCUCGGGUAACCCAGGCUCAGAAUGACACCCUUCUUUCCCCUUUCACUUGUGAGGAAGUUAAAGAUGCUUUAUUUGCUAUGUUUCCCGAUAAAUCCCCAGGACCGGAUGGAAUGAAUCCGGAAUAUGUAACUGAUCUUAGGCCAAUUGCGUUGAGUAAUGUGGUUUACAGGGUAAUGGCGAAAAUGAUAGCGAAUAGAAUGAAGCCUUUGAUGGAGAGACUGAUUUCUGAUUCCCAAAGUGCCUUCAUACCGGAUAGGCUAAUAACGGAUAAUAUACUAAUAGCUGCGGAAGUAGGCCAUUAUUUGAAUAGAAAGCAAUGUGAUGAUAGUUUGCUUUUCUUUAAAGCAAAUAUGGAGGAGGCUGGGGAGGUGAAGCGAUGCCUAACGGAAUAUGAAGCACUAUCUGGCCAGGCGGUAAAUUACCACAAAUCCAAUGUGUGUUUCAGUAAAAAUACUACGGAGGAGUGUAGGGACCAGGUGGCGCAACUUUUGGGGGUCCCCAAAGCAAUCAAUUUUGGGAAGUAUCUUGGCUUGCCCUCGUUUAUCGGACGGAAGAAGAGAGCAGUUUUCUCAUAUAUUGAGGACAAGAUAAAGCAGAGAAUAGUAUGUCUAGCAAUUCAGAGGGCGAUGAAUAAAUAUUGGUGGGGAUCGGGAACGGACCGCCGUAUUCACUGGAAAGCAUGGGACAAGUUAUGUGUCCCAAAGAAAUAUGGAGGGUUGGAUUUCAAGGACCUGCGAGCCUUUAAUAUGGCAAUGUUGGGUAAGCAGGGAUGGAGAUUCCUUGUAAAGCCUGAAUCACUGGUAGAAAGGGUUUACAAGGCCAGGUACUAUCCAAAAACAUCUUUUGAGGAGGCAGCUUUGGAAAAUAAUCCGAGCUUUUGUUGGCGGAGUAUAUUUGCAGCUCAUAGUUUAAUUUGUGGUGGCAUAAGACGGAGGAUAGGAAAUGGGAAUGAUACUUUAAUCUGGGGACACCCAUGGCUACCUGAUGACCCUGAUCCAAUGAUACAAACUAAUAUGCCCCAGGAAUUGGCAGGUUCAAGAGUGGUGGGUCUGAUUGACCAGGAUACUGGAACUUGGGAUCCCCAUAUACUCCGGGACUUGUUCACACCUGAUGAUGUGGCGCGAAUUAACCGUAUACCUAUAUGCCCAGAUUACUCAGACACAUGGUAUUGGCAAGGGGACCCAAAUGGAAACUACACGGUUAAGGGUGGUUACAGGCUUGUUGUUGGAAAUUAUGCACACAGUGUUGGGGGGUUUUGGUGA